AUGGCUAAAGUUAACGCACAUCAUCAAAGUGGUAUAACCGAAGAAGAUAAGCUUACCAAUGCAAAGGCUUUGUAUAAAGAGACGCACAAGAAAUCAUUUCUUCUUGAUCAUUGUUGGCUCAUGUUAAAGGACCAACCAAAGUUUGCCGAUCCUAAUGGAGAAUCGAGAGCAUCCGUGCCUCAAACUCCAGAGUCAACAUUUAUUGGCAAUGGGGAUUGUGGGUCUGAACUUGGUGACACUUCCCAUUUUGAGAGGCCAAUUGGUAGGAAGGCUGAAAAGGCCAUCCGAAAGAACAAAGCCACCGAAAAAUAUGUAGUGGAAUAUUUGACCAAGAAAUUGAAAUUUAUUGAGGAUUUGCUAUUUGAUGACUCAGAUGAGGAUGAGAUAAUCGAAGAACUUGUUAUGAAAACAUCACAACCUAAACGUCGUCGCUUUAUCCGACGUAAUCAUUUGGUAGAAGCUCAUGACUCUUACUUUGUCCAAAAAAGAAAUAGUGCCAACAAACUUGGUUUAUCUUCAUUACAAAAGAUAACUGCUGCACUUAGAAUGCUUGCAUAUGAAGUAUUGGGUGAUUUGAUAGAUGAACAUGUACGGAUUGGAGAAACUAUUGCAUUAGAAAGUUUGAAAAAAAUUUGUUACUGCGGACGUACUCCUGCAGUACAUUACUCAAUCAAUGGUCAUGACUACACAAUGGGAUAUUACCUUGCUGAUGGUAUAUAUCCAAAGUGGGCAACAUUUGUGAAAGUAAUCCCAUCUCCUCAAGGACAUAAGCGAAAAUUAUUUGUAGCAGCCCAAGAGGCGUGUAGGAAGGAUGUUGAGCGUGCAUUUGGAGUGCUUCAAGCACGUUUUGCAAUUGUCCGUGGACCUACAUGA